AGCUUACCAAAAUGGCUUAAAGCAAAACUUGGAGCAGCAAACUUUAAUCACUUUGUUUGUAGUUUUUGGGAAAUGUGCAAUUUAUUAUGCAUAGAUGUUUUUGAGCAACGAUUUCAAACAUUGUUAAAAACUUUUCUAAAUGCAAAUGAAUACUUACAAAAUCUAAUUUAUUCAACACGGCACUCUUGGGCACGUGCAUUUACCAGUCGUAUUUUUACGGCUGGUAUGCAAUCAACACAACGUGUUGAAUCAAUUAAUGCAAUAAUCUACAAGGCAGUUUCUUCUAGUUCUACUAUAUUUGAUGUGGCUGAAUCAUUCGUUGUGGAAAGUUUUUUUAGUGAUAUUAAUAAGAUCAUUAAAAAAUAUUUUUCAACAAGAAUCAUCACAGAAAUUCAAAAACAAAUGUGCGAAUCUGUGUUAUAUAGAUGUGAAAAGUUGUCUAUUGAAAAGGUUUUUAAAGAUCAAUCGGAUCAAGAUGAAUCAUAUGAAAAUCAAAUUCAAGCUAAUAGUCAUGAAGAUAUUAAGCAUAUCGAAGAUUACUAUGAUCAUCGACAAACAUAUUUAAAAGCACUACUAAAUUCAGUUACGAAGAAUUCAGUUAAAGAAGUAUGGCAAAUCAUUUCAUAUAUGGUACUAAGCUCAUAUCAACACAUUAUAAUUCUUAACGAUGGAACUCAUUUAUAUACAUGUUUAUUAUUGGUCUCCUAUAGAAUUAUUUGUUGUCACUAUUUUAAACUAAUGAUCGAAAAUCCGAAUGCUUUAUUUCACCCUAUGUUAAUGCCAACAAGAUGGCUUCAAGAUGAAGCUUGGGCUUGUGUUGAUUCUAUUUUUAAUGAACAGUUUAUUCGAACAUCACCAAAACAUCUUAAACAAGCUGAUUAUACAACUUUAAAUCAACCUGUUUUUAUUCCAAAGCAUUAUGAUUAUAUUCAAGAGGUUCAAGCUUGUCAACAUGUACAAAAAAAAGCUAAUUAUGAUGCUAUUAUAUUGGCAUAUAUAUCGGAAAAAGAGGCUAAGCUAAAUGCUAAAGUGCAAUCAGAAAGUAUUCUUACAGAGAAUAUGAAUUUGAAUAAUAAGAUAAAAUUGCCAAAGAGAUACAUUUAUAAUAUAGAUGAUAUUAAUGAUCCACUCAAACGUCAAGGUAGAGGUAGACCUGCUGGUAAACGGCUUAAGACUUAUAAUGAGGAAAUAAAUAAUAGCAAGGUCCAAAGAAAAAAUACUGAGCUGACUUCAGCAGUAAAUGAAAAUCGAACUAAUAGUGAAUAUAAAUGUAGAUUGCGUCACAAAACGGAGCAUUAUGCUCCUAAAUGCCCUA